GGAAAAAAGUGAAUCGGCAUUGACUUCGGUUAAAAAACAGUCUAGUGUAGUGUGGACUAGGACAAGUGCUAGCACUGUGGUUACUGGACAGCACUGUUGAAGAACUCAGUGCUGAAAGCCCCAGGACAGGCUAGAAUUUCACCAAGCACAGCAUAGCGAUACCGGUAUAUGCAAGGUGACUCUACUGCACAUUGGACUGCUGUACAUGAUAAUAAGAAUUGUCCAGGCUGUAAGAAGGCUCUGACCCACCAGUUCUUUAGCACCCCACCCUACAGUCGUGUACUAUGGUUGGGUGAAUUCUCGAGUACAGUACUCACAGACUGCAUUCACUACCCUGCCCUCAACACACUGACCUGCAAUGGCAGCAGCGGCGGCGGCGACGGCCGAAAGUGCUGCAGCAACAGCAACGGGAGAAGUUGCGUCGGAUGUAGAGUCAUUCUACAGGUGGAUUGCGAACGUAGUCUCUGGCCGGGAGGUGCCUAUAGUUCUGCUUAAUGACCACCCACAGACACUGCGGCCAUGCCGGAGUUUUAUCAGAGAUGUUGCGCGGACUCUUCUGAUUGUUACGUUCGCUAUGCAAGUCGUCCUGUUUCAAGGCUACUAUCAGUCGGCGGAGGAAAAUGCCGCAAGGCACUGGUCAACACGCCAGUUCUUCUGGGCCUUACCCGAUGCACUCACCUUGAUGGUAUUCCUCAUCAUGCUGCUAGCUCCACGCAUCUACCUUCCUCUCUACUUGGUCUUGUUUGAGUAUAUCUGGCAUUGCGCACCAGUACACCUGUUCACACCGCUGGGGGACAACGGCACACGGCAAUGGUACGGGGCCACCGGCGGUGCUUCGUAUGUACCCCAGUACGCCGGCUGGGUCAUCUACGUACUGGCUUCCCUGGUGCCAAGACUUGGAUGGAUGCUGUUCUUCACUACACCAAACUCGUUCGGCAGCAUCAUACCGGAAGGCUAUCUCGUCUUCACAUUCAUCAUGGACGUGAGCAUGCAUUUGGGCUACCUGUAUGACAUUGGGGAUACGACGCGAGGUGACCCGUUUGAAGUGAUCUAUGUGCUGCUCAAUGCCACCAAGAAGAGUGUUCUUGAGAUCCUGGACCUGGAGGCUAUAAUGAAUUCCAUGGGUUCUCUGCAAGGCACCAUGGGCAACGAGACGUAUUUCCUGUGGAGUUUUCUCGUGAUGGGCGCUGUCACCGUACACUUAGUCCUGACCACGCUGGAAGUCUACUACCGGCGUCGUGGUCUCUGGAAUCUGACAUCACUUCGCACACUGGUCACGUCAACCGAUGCAGAGCAGAAUAGAUAUGGCCGAUGCUCCACUCUUUUUCUCGUUGUCUAUCUGCUGCUGUCGCUGGUUGCCGACAUGGUCAUAUUCAGCGUUCGGCUGCUCAUUGCGUUCGACAUGAAUGGCAUCAUCUCGCCGUUCAUCUACAAGAACCUGUACUACAUAAUCGUCAACCUAUGCUACAUGCACAGUCUGUUUGUACUGCUGGUGCAAGCGGAGGAGCUCAAGGCCGGCUGGAUCGCACCGGCAGCCAGUGUGAGCAGCGUGAGAAGUUUGAGCAGUGCACGCACCACGCCAGAUGCGUUGGACGGCUCAAGCGUUCCAGCGACAGGCCUCUUCCUGGUCGGUGCUUCCGCCGGGACCACGAGGAGAGAGUUCGUCACGUCUUCUGCUACUUCUGCACCUUCUCCAGUGGCUCCUGCUGCACAUCGAGAACGUCUCUUCCGCGAGUUUGAGCUCAAUGAAUAGUGCUGCUGCUUUUUGUCAACAGCAAACACAAUGACAUGGUUCUACAAGUUGAUCUCAUACCCACAUCCAUCAUUGCGGCUAUUAAGUUAGCCCAUUGCGCAAUGAUGUAAUUUGUACCGCGAACACCGCGAACACCCCACACAGCCACCUGGGCGUGGUCGUCCGGGGUGCUGAGCAGUUCAUCCCUGAUCUCAGCGCACUCACAUGCAUUACUCAUUCAAUCCAUAUUUGGCAAUGCGCAAUGAGCUUAUUGCUUUGUAGCCUAGUAGCUCCACUGUGAACAUUGACCACGGACUCAGUGAAGGGAUGCAUGAGCCGCAGUGAAACCAAGCACACUCUAACAAUCACACUGGCAUAACUCCACAACCGUCAAGAUCACGGUCGAAUCAUCACAAGGAACGCCGCAGCGUGUCACGCUACUGCUUCGUUGCAGAAGAGAGUGGAUUUGAAUGCACAGACCGAAUGAACUGAACAUGACCUCAAUAGGCGCCGCCAAGAAACAUUACUUCUUGACAACUGCUUUGCAGCUGCUGGUUGAAGGAGUUGUACCUGACCAGUAGAGUCAACUGCAUGGCCGGCAGCACAGGAUUGUAGUCUGCAGUAGGUAGAUCUAACCCCCGAUCAUAGUCAUUGAUCUCUCGUAUACCGUCAUUCCCAGCUUAUUAAUUUGAGUUACGUCCAUUCCCUACUAUUAUGUUUUCAUUAUUCUAUUGCUUUGGAGAGACUCUCAAGAUGGGUACUAAUAUAGGCAUCCAUUUGCCUCUGAUCUGGAGAAUCCGUAAAUAAACAAUACACGACUAAAGCCGAAUUUUGGGUUGUCUUUUUACCACUUCCUGGUUUCAUGCAAUUGGCUUUGUGAAUAGACGCGUUCUCAAGUAAUAACGCUGCUAUGUUUUUAAAUAGUAUCUACCACACACUGUGUCAUGUUGUAGUGACAGUACUACCCAGAGUGAGAGUGAGAUAUACUCCGGGCUGCAAGAUUAUUACAUUAGUAAUUUAUCACAAUGUAUUACAAAUAAUCAAUCAUGUAGAUCUACUAGUGCUAGCGCUAAAAUCAUGUACAUCAUCAACCUUACUAUAACUACUACAGUA